AUGGAAAUGGAAAGCAAUUACAAAAAAUACGACAAUUUCGAAGUUUUAAUGAAACAAAUAUGUAAUGAGUUAAAAAAAAGAGAUAAAAAUAAAAAUGGGUUAAUGUUAUAUAAUUCUUUUGUUGAAGUAAUGAAUAUAUUUCAAAUUGAAUAUGGUAGUCCCAUUAUAGAUUAUCUGAUGAAAAACUGUUUUGUAACUGAAGAUGGUUUUGUAAAUUAUAAAAAUUUAUUACUUAUUCAUGAUCCUUCAAAAACAAUUAAAAAUAAUUCUGAACGUAUAGCAGAGACAAUGAACCCCAAAUUUAUACAUAUGCAAGAUAAAUAUGAAGAUAUUGAUAAAUCUAUGCAAAAAAAAAAUGAAAUUAUAAGAAAACUAUAUUCUCAAUGGGAUAAAUGCCUAUUAAAAGACGAAGAAUUCAAAGAAAAAUUAAUCGAUGCAAAUAUUGAUAUAACUCCAGAAUUUGAAAGGUCUUUAUAUUUAUAUGGACCCAGUAGAUCAUUAAGUUUUGCAAAUGUAAUGAAAACAUUAUAUAUUAACAGUAGUAGAAAUAGAAAAAAUAGAAACAAUUUUAUAAACAAAAUAAAGGAUGAGAAAUGGCGCAAAUUAAAUGUUGAUGAAAAUGUACAAUGCUUUCAGGAGCCUCACAGAAAUCCCAUAGUAUGGGAGGAACCAAAUAUCAUAGAUGCAGAUAAUUUAAUUGAAAAUGUUGAAGCUAUUUCAAAAUAUUUAAAGGGGGAAGAAAAUUUUAACUUAAACAAAGAAACAAUAUCAAAAGAUUUUUUUAAUAAUACAGUAAAAAAUUUAAUAAAAAAUUAUAUUGCUAAUAAAAUUUCAGAAAAAGAAUUUUACUUAUGCUUAAGUAAAUUGAAUAUAUCAAUAACACAAGAAUUAAACAAUUUAAUUAAAUAUCAUGAAUCUGACAGUAAUGGGAAAUUCAAAGAUUUUGCCACAAUAAUACAUAGAUGCAUACCAAAAAAUAUAUCACAUAGUUUACAAACAGGCAUAGAAUUAGCGCCAGUAGAAAAAAAUAAUACAUAUACAAACUUAAAUUUUACUUUUAAUAAUUUCCAUGGUAAUAACUUAUCUUCUGAUAACUUUAAUGAUAAUAAGUGA